AUGGCAGCAGAUAUAGAAACCCUGCAGGAGAACUACAGACAGAAAAACAAGACUUGUUUCAUUCUAGGGGCGUCCGGCGAAACUGGCAAACUGCUAUUCAAAGAGAUAGUAAACAGCCAGAUCUUCUCAAAGAUCGCUCUUAUUGGCCGCAGACUGGCGUUUGAAAAUGAAGCUCAUGAAAAUGUGGUAAGCCAAGGUUACGCACAGGAAAAACAUUUACAAGGCUUCAUACGUGUGGAUCACGAUUAUGUUUUAAAUUCAACCAAGCUUGCAAAAGCUGGAGGAUGCUCGCAUUUCAACUUGGAGUCGUCUAAAGGAGCAGAUAUAACAAGCAGCUUUCUAUAUUUAAAAGUAAAGGCAUGCAAAGUGGAAAUGUGUCCGUAG